CCUCACUUAGUUUCGGCUUCACGGCCUUACUGAGCAUGCGCCUAGCUUCCUUACCCAUGCACUGGAUUGAACAUGGCAGACUCGCUGCUUUUCUAGUUAGGUGGCACGUGUGAAUCUGGCAGCAGCUUGUUGCAAGGGAAGACAACAUGAGAAAUCUUAAGCUCCUGCGAGUGCGGGAAUGCCAGGCAGCUCAAGCCCUUGGGACCCCUCAGGGAUUCACGCUCCGUCUGGACAGAGGGACGCUCUUAAUCAGCACAGAGUAUGGGAUUGUGGAGCUGGACCCUCUCACACAAGAGGUCAUAAAAGAAAUCCCUCUAACAACGGAAGGGUUUCUACCAGAAGAUGGAAGUGGGUGCAUUGUGGGCAUUGAGGACUUGCCAGAUCAAGAGUCUGCCUGUGUGGCUAUCGCAACUGGAGAUGUUAUCCUGUGCAAUCUCAACACCAGUCAGAUGGAGUGUGUUGGCAGUGUGGACAGCGGUAUAAGCGUGAUGAGCUGGAGCCCUGACCAAGAGCUUGUUGUUCUUGCUACAGGUCAGCAGACACUCAUUCUGAUGACAAGGGAUUUUGAACCGAUUGCAGAAAGAGAAAUCCAUCAAAAUGACUUUGGAGAAGGAAAGUUUAUUACUGUUGGCUGGGGUAAAAAGGAAACACAAUUUCAUGGAUCGGAAGGCAAGCAGGCAGCCCGAACCAAACCAGUGGAAGUGUGGCCGGCUUUGUCAUGGGACGACCAUAAACCUCGGAUCACAUGGAGAGGAGAUGGACAGUGUUUUGCAGUGAGUGCUGUUUGCCCAGAGACAGGAGCUCGGAAAAUCAGAGUCUGGAGCCGAGAACUUAUUUUGCAGACUACAAGUGAGCCUGUGCCUGGGUUAGAACAAGCACUGGCUUGGAAGCCUUCUGGAAGCUUAAUUGCAUCCACACAAGACAAAGCCAACAAACACGAUGUUGUGUUCUUUGAAAAAAAUGGUCUUCUUCAUGGUGAAUUUACGCUUCCCUUCCAGAAAGGCCAAACCAAGGUAAAGGAGCUGCUCUGGAAUUCAGACUCAAUGAUAUUGGCUGUGUGGUUGGAAGAACUGAACAGUGAGAAUAACUCUCAACCAAAGACGUACGUUCAGCUGUGGACGACAGGAAACUACCACUGGUAUCUGAAGCAAAGCUUGCCUUUCGAUAGCUCUGAAGACAGCCAUCGCAUUGUGUCCAUGGUGUGGGACCAGGAGACUCCUUACCGACUUCACAUCCUCUGUCAGCAGUGGCUUUAUCUGUGUUAUGACUGGCAGUGGAGCAUUGAUCGCAGCACCGGCGGAGGGGCAAGUGACUCGGCUAGUGUGGCAGUCAUCGAUGGAGACAAGGUGCUGCUGACCGCCUUCCGGCACGCGGUGGUCCCGCCACCCCUUUGCACAUAUCAGCUCCAGCUUCCCUGCACAGUCAACCAAGUUGCCUUCUGUUCUGAGCCAGCUAGGAGUGGGGAUCUUGCUGUCCUGGAUGCGAAUCACAGGAUUUCCAUUUAUAGAUCUGGUGGCUGUACGAAUACAAAGAUGGACUCCACAGUGAAAAUUGGCGCAGUGGGUGGACUUAAUGCUUCUGCUGCUGCACCUUGGCUGGAAAAAUCAUACAGAAUUGACAGUGUGGAUGACAAAAAUGGGAGAAACCCACUGUGGCUUCGCCUUCUCACUUGGCUGCAAGAUGACCUCCUCUUAGCUGUUAGCCAGGGACACGUCCCAGGCCACACUGUCAUUCACCAUCUGAAACUGAGCUCGGCUGCAGAAGAAGGAUGUGUUAAUAUCAGAGUCUUAUAUAGUUAUUUUGUAAAAGUUCCGGUGCACGAAGAUGGAGAGGAGACAGGCACUUUAGAGCUCCGGCUGGUGCCAGCCCUAGCCAAGCGACCGGGAGAUAAGAAGAAAACCGAGGGAAACCGCGCGAGAGCUGAGAGGAGGAAGCGGAGCAACGAGAGACGAGAGAGGGAGAAGAGAUCACGCGAGAAGGGAACGCGAAUGCGUGAGAAGGAUCGCGAGAAGAGAGGCGUGUGCAAGAAGAAGAGGGAAAGCAAGGAGAGGACACGGCAGGAAAAACUGGCGUCUAGGCAGGAGGCCCUGGAGAGGAAGGAGACGGAGUACCAGUUGAGGCUAAGGAGCAUUAGAGAAGAAAAAGAAGAGGAUAUAAGAGGGAAAGUAACAGAGAUCUUAGCAGAAUUGCUACAGUGGACAGAAGAAUACGUAGAGGACCAGAUGGACAGAGUAUUCCGAGAGACUAUCUUCGGCCUGACUGACAGAUGUCGUUUUUUUAUUAAUGACACAGAGAUUGCAUCAAAUGUCACUUCCUUUGCAAUCCAUGAUGAGUUUCUUUUGUUGACCACCCACUUACACACUUGCCAGUGUGUGUCUCUGAAGAACAUGUCUCUGAAAGCUUUGCAGUCAAGCUUGGUCACCACUUCUGCUCCAAACAGUGAGACACUGCGCAGGAUUGAAAGAGGAUGCCGGAUAGUCACCAUUGUGCCCCAGGAUACAAAGCUAGUAUUGCAGGCACCAAGAGGAAAUUUAGAAACUAUUCAUCAUCAAGCCCUUGUUUUGGCCCAAGUUCGCAAGUGGUUGGAUUGCCUCCAGUUUAAAGAAGCAUUUGAAUGUAUGAGGAAACUGCGAAUCAAUCUCAACCUCAUUUAUGACCACAACCCAAAGGUUUUCCUGGAAAAUGUGGAAACGUUCGUAAAACAAAUUGAUCUUGUGAACUAUAUUAACUUGUUUCUCACAGAGCUGAAAGAAGAAGAUUUCACAAAGACCAUGUACCCACCUCUGGAUCCUGCCAUCACCUGCGAGCCGCAUGGUUCUGAUAGAAAAAAGGUUGACCUCAUCUGUGAUUCUAUGAGAGCAGCCAUGGAGAACAUCAAUGCUCCUAAAUACUGCUUAUCCAUCCUAACUUGUCAUGUAAAAAAGAGCCCUCCAGAAUUAGAAACCGCCUUGCAGAGAAUCCGUGAACUUCGAGAACAAGUUCCAUCAACAGUUGGAUCCAUUAGUGCGGAAGAGGCUCUGAAGUACAUGCUGUACUUGGUGGAUGUCAAUGAGCUGUACGAUCAUUCGUUGGGAACGUAUGACUUUGAUUUAGUUAUCAUGGUCGCUGAGAAGUCUCAGAAGGACCCAAAGGAGUAUCUCCCAUUUUUAAACAAUCUUAAGAAAAUGGAAAGCGAUUACCAACGAUAUUCUAUAGACAAAUAUUUGAAGAGAUACCCAAAGGCCCUCUACCACCUCAGUAAAUGUGGACCGGAGCAUUUUUCAGAGUUUCUGAACCUGGUGGUGGAUCAGAACUUAUAUAAGGAAGCCUUGAAGCUGUAUCGUCCAGAUAGUCAGGAAUACAAGACUGUCAGCUAUGCCUAUGGAGAAUACUUGAUGCAGAAGCAUCUUCCUGAGCAAGCCGGGCUGAUCUUCUUCCGUUGUGGGGCCUUUGAGAAGGCGCUGGAUGCUUUUCAAAUCAGUGGCAACUGGCAGCAAGCCCUCUGUACAGCAGCUGAACUUUGCUACCCAGAAGAUAAGCUGGCCAACUUGGCAAGGAGCAUGGCAGGACGAUUUACUGAAAAACGGAAGUAUGCUGAUGCUGCGAUCCUCCUGGAACAAUAUGCCAAGGAUUAUGAAGAGGCCAUCUUGCUCCUCCUGGAAGGAAUGAUCUGGGAUGAAGCCUUGAGAUUAAUUUACAAAUAUAAUAGGAGUGAUAUUCUGGAGACCAAUUUCAAACCAUCUCUGCUGGAAGCUCAGAAAAACCAGUUGAUGUUUCUAGAGACUCAGAAGACAUCAUUUUCUCGUCAUCGUAAGCGCCUCUCUGUGGUUCGAGAGCUGAAGCAGCAAGCCCAAAAUGACCUGCUAGAUUUUGAAGCGCCGAAUUGUCCGGAGUCAGACCUCUUCUCUGAUGCCAGCAGUAUGGUGACAGCUAGUGACACAAGUUCAAAAUACACUCACAGUAAUUCAAGAAUAUCUGCGCGUUCGUCCAAGAACCGUCGCAAGGCAGAGCGCAAGAAACACAGUCUGAAGGAAGGGAGUCCCUUGGAGGAUGUUGCGCUCCUGGAAGUUUUAGGGGAAAUAGUUCGAAUAAUUGAUGGCCUUAAAGGUGAGAUGCACAGCCUUUUGAAGUAUCUAGUCCUUUUUGGCUAUGACGGGCAAGCCCAGGAGUUACAGCAAGCUUUUGAUGAGAUCCUUCAACUGACAGAGCACUCCAUCCCAGAAAUCUGGAGCCCGGGCCUGCAGCAGUUCCCAGCCAAUCCAAUCCUGGGUCCCAAUUCAACUGCAAAUAGCAUUAGCGCUUCUUAUAGUCAACAAAAAGCACUGAAUCCCAUAGCACAAGAUGUUGAGUUCUUUUUACCUCCCAAAUUCAACAAAAACAUCCAGUGGAAGUUGAACCUUCUCCAGUAAUCCAGACUCCCUCGUUAUUGAUGGUCUAAGGCUCUGCAUUUAAGCAAAUAUUUCAUCUCAAGUAUCUUCCCAAGAUUAUGCAGAAGAUUGAUCAUGGCUCUUGAAGAGACAAAGGACUAAAAACUAAACUUGUUGUAUAUGUAUUUUAUGGCUUUCUUUAUUAUCUCCUGUUUUCCCCAAUACUACCUAGAUAAUGAGAGCACUGUUAAAACAUACCAAUGACAAAAAAUGCAACCUUAGUUAUUUUGGAACUGUUUUGAUUGUGUUUCCUCAGAACAACAUUUCUGCCUUUUUUGCCAGUUGAUAUCUUAAAUGAUCAAGUAGGGCAAAUAUGGAUAGCCUUUUUAAAAAAGUGCUUAGCUCAAUACUGGAUACAGGUAGUUAACUUGUAUGAUGAAGGCCAGCCCUCUAUGUCAGCUGAUUAAAACAAAAAAAAAAUCUUGAACUCAAGUCUUCAAACCAGUACAAAAUGACUUUAAAUGUACCAGCUGAAUUAUGGAUAUUGAAGCAUGAAUCUUAAAAUGUCAUGCUUUCACAAAAUGAGAACUGAUGCUAACUCAAACCAAGGCGAAUUAAUAAAAGCACCUCGCCUUCUCAGCUGUAUCCAA